GCUCGGCCGGAGGACAGUAGCAUCGGUCCUAGGAUGACAGGGCCAUUUCCUUCCCGGCGGGGGCCAAAUCCUCGGGAAGCCGAUCCAUCCUGUCCAGCUACCUGUCCCAAGCGGGGCGCAGGCCGUGUCGCCUCUUUAGGAGGCUUCGGAGAACCGGCCACGCUGACCCUCUCAGGUGCAGAAAGCCAGCUUCCCCCGGCCCGCUGGGGAAGAUUCCCAGCUACACAUCCAGCCGGGGCAUCUGAGGGCUGGAGCCAAGCCAGGCGUGCCCAAUAGACCAGUGGAGAGCGCUCUCGCCUGACUGCCCGUCCGCCUCACCCGGACCCAGACUCGGCACCGCACCGUCACCGGGCGGCAGUGGGGGGGCUGCGCAGUCACGCGCGCACCACACUUGCGCUCAGAAGCGCGCAGGGCUCUCUCUCUCCGCCCCGCACACCUGGGCUCCGCCCCCUGGUUCCCGGCCGGCGGCCGAAGGCUUUGGGGGACCCAGAGCGGCUGCGGCAGCGCCCCCCUUCUCCUUCUCUUUCCACGGCUGGAGUUGUCUGGAGCCUGUCGCCGGUCCCAACCAGCCCUCAUCCCUUUCCAUCCUUCCCUCCCCCCACCCCUGCCGCGGCACGGGUAUCUGCAGCCGCAGCCCGGAGCCCUUGAGGCGGCGAAGGGGGGAGGGGAAGGAAGCGAGGGAUGAGCGCCGGGAGGGCGUCGGGGGCCCUGAGCCGGACUAGGACGCCCCUGGAGCCGGAGCCGGAGCCGGAGCCAGAACCAAACCACCGGUACCGGGUGGGCCAGGUGGUCAGCUGCAGCCCCCUAACUCCAGGAGCCGCCCUGGCCCGUGCUCACCCGCCAGGGCCUCAUGUCGGAACCACAGCCUGACCUGGAACCGCCCCAACAUGGGCUGUACAUGCUCUUCCUGCUUGUGCUGGUCUUCUUCCUCAUGGGCCUUGUAGGCUUUAUGAUCUGCCACGUGCUCAAGAAGAAGGGCUACCGCUGCCGCACCUCAAGGGGCUCGGAGCCUGACGACGCCCAGCUCCAGCCCCCUGAGGACGAUGACAUGAAUGAGGACACAGUAGAGAGGAUUGUUCGCUGCAUCAUCCAAAAUGAAGCCAACGCUGAGGCCCUGAAGGAGAUGCUGGGGGACAGUGAAGGAGAAGGGACAGUGCAACUGUCCAGCGUGGAUGCCACCUCCAGCCUGCAAGACGGAGCCCCCUCCCAUCAUCACACAGUGCACCUGGGCUCCUCAGCCCCGUGCAUCCACUGCAGCCGCAACAAGAGACCCCCACUUGUCCGUCAGGGACGCUCCAAGGAAGGAAAGAGUCGCCCCCGGCCUGGGGAGACCACCGUGUUCUCUGUGGGCAGGUUCCGGGUGACGCACAUUGAGAAGCGCUAUGGGCUGCAUGAGCAUCGUGACGGCUCUCCCACGGACAGGAGCUGGGGGUCUGGUGGGGGGCAGGACCCAGGGGGCGGCCAGGGGCCUGGGGGAGGGCAGCCCAGGACAGGGAUGCCUGCCAUCGAAAGCCUUCCCCCUGAGAGGCCGCAGCCCCCAACCCUCGCCAGCACCCCCAUGCAGAAUGGAGGACUCAGGGACAGCAGCCAAGUCCCUCGUGCACUUGAGGGGAACCCUGGAGCCUCUGCAGAGCCGAUGCUCGGGGCUGGAGGGAGGGGCCCAAGCCCAGGGCCGGCCAGAAAAGAAGCAAACGGACAGUCAAGCAAACAGGACACCUCAAAUCACCAGCCGCCUCCUUCACUGUGCUGACGGACUACCAGCUGGCAGGCCAGGGAGUGGGUGGGCAUGAAGCCCCUCCUCUCCAGUGGACAGCACUGCCCCCCAGCUGAGGGACCCACUCUACUUCCACCUGGAGUUGCACAGU